GACUAGUGGUCGUGUCCAGUGAUGACUGGCGGUUUCCGGCAAGUGACAUGACUAAAAAGAAGCGGGAGAAUCUGGGCGUCGCUCUAGAGAUCGAUGGCCUGGAAGAAAAGCUGUCCCAGUGUCGGAGGGACCUGGAGGCCGUGGACAACAGGCUCCACCGGGCAGAGCUGAGCCCAGAGGCCAGGAGGUCUCUGGAGAAGGAGAAAAACAGCUUGAUGAAUAAAGUUUCCAACUAUGAGAAAGAGCUGAAGCUGCUUCGGCAAGAGAACCGGAAGAACAUGCUGCUCUCUGUGGCCAUCUUCAUCCUCCUGACCCUCAUCUACAUCUACUGGACCAUUCACACAGGCUGAUCCUGGACUGUCACAGUGUCACCGUGGAAUGAGUGGUAUGAUUCAUGGAAGGGGGAAGGUGUCUCUUGCCCUGCUGCGGUGUGGGUCCUUCAUUAGCCCAUCCGACGCCUCC